AUAUAAUACAAUAUCAAUUAGAUACUAAUUUAACCAUGUGUACUCUUAUUAAUUAUAUGUUGAUCAAUUACCUACAAAAACCUACAAAAUAUCUACAAUCUGAACUCUCUGAAUGGAGGACACUUCCGAAUAAUGGACAAAAUUGCAGUGAUCAAGAGUGUCAGGUAUUUAGAAUUUUCCGAGUAUUAUGAUGCUUCGUGCCACGAUGCACAUUACAUUGUCGUUCUGUAUAACUAGUAUAAUAUGUAAUAUUAUUAUCGUCCAACUUUAAUGAAACAAAAAAUGUGUGCACAUAUUGUUAUUACAUAAAAGGUACUUAUAACUAUUAUUCCAUAAUACCACACGCUGCCGAUUGUUAUAAUAAUUAUCGUAUACAGGCACACGUUUUUCCGCUAAUCGGUGUGACCCAUAUACAGGCAUGCAACAAGUGUCUCAUAAUAUACAACAAAUGAGUGGUUAGUGAAUUUUUUUUCCGAAUAUUAGGCCUUUAGGGUCACCGCCGAAAACUAUUAUUACACUUAAACUUUACACGCAAGUGCAGCAACGCAAAGCUCAUGUACAGAGUGUUUUAGGUUGUUCCGUAUAAACUUUGUGAAUGAAUAAAACACAUUUUCGGCAACGACUAAUAUCGAAUUAAUUGUUACCUAUUUUUAGUUUCACGAAUGCGGGAUAUUAAGGGUAGUUGUGAUAAGAUAUCUGGUUCAGUUUUAGACCCAUAGCAAUGAUAAUAAUUAAUACAUAGCGAGGGUAUUGUCUUCCUCCAAAACCGCUCUUGCUUUGAUAUUUUGAUUUGUCGCCCCGGGGAGUGCAAUUUUUCAUUAAAAUAAUAAUUCAAGAAUUUUUGGGUAGUAAAUCUAAGUGAUUAACAAAAAUAAACUAAAAUAAAUCUUUAAGUAUUGUUAUUUCAACAAAAAAUGAAUUUGAUUUGGCCCAUCAUACUCGUUGUGCAUUUGUAUUAUUGUAACAUUAUUGUAAUAUAUUACGUCGAGUGGGACACCACAAGUACCAUUAUUUUGUAUUAAAAAAGUCUCGAGUAAAAAACGGAAAAUUGGCCUUUUUGAUUUCUGUCUCAGACGAGUGGUUAUAAUAUUCCGAAAGUUUGCGCGGAACUACCUGAAACGUCCUGUAUAAAAACGCGUUUUUAGAAAAACUUUUUUACCAUUUACCUAUUACGCCUACCUAUAUAGCCAAUACGUAUCCGUGCCGUGUCGCGUUCUAAUUGAAUUAUUUUACCGACACGUUUGCAUUUCGUUGUAUUUAUUUAUUUAUUUAUAUAUAUAUAUUAUACACGUUUGUUUGUAUAGGCAGUGCAUUUAAAAUUAUACGCCGCUGUCGUUCUCCGGGAAAAACUAAAACGCGACGAGACGGAGCUAUGGUUUUCCGGGGGGAAAAAACACGCGGAAAAAUGUGAGACACGAUCGACGAUAAUCGAUUGGAAUCGGUGCAAAUACGCAUAUAAUAUACACCGCCAGUCUAAGUUUUCCCCGCGGGCGCGAGUGUUAAAUGUCUCGACUAUCGCAUACGAUUUGUAAGCAGCGCUCGAUCGCACUAAAUCAUUAUUAUUAUUAAUUAUCGUCCGCGGGUACCCGAUGAGUGGAGUUUCGCGCUCGCAGUUUGACGGCGAUCGUCGUCGUCACCGAGUCGUUGUCUGCGAAUUGCGUGCAUUCAUUUUCGUAUUAUAAUAUUAUAAAUCGUAAUAAACAACCGCGAUAAUAAUAUUAUACACGUUUGAUUACAUUCCCCACUAGCAAUUCAGUCGACGUGUUCGUGAUUGUCAUAUUUCUAUUUUUAUUAUUAUUAUUGUCGCACACUGUCGUUUUCUCGUCGGACCGCGUAUCAUGUUAUGAUGUCAUUUUAAUUGUUGUGAAAGUUCACUCUACACUCGAAAUCCGCCACCGCCACUGUGCCGAUCGCGGGUUGCCGACAUCUCGUGCAGGCGGUGGUCGGGUGGGCGACGCCGGAGCGUGGGCGUGCGCUUUUUUACAAUUUUUUUCGCGGCACCGGACCGACCGCCGUCGCCUCCGUCGGCCACACCGGUUUUGGCACUCUUCGUCGUCCGACUAUCGGACGAUUCCUCGUUAAAGGUAUCUGCCAACGAUUUCUACGACUUUACAUAGUUUCAAGCCUCGAAAACAACGAAAAUCUCCAGAAAAAAAUUUGCAGACAUGCGACCGUCCGCGAUGGCGAUCUCUAGGUUUGUCGUCGCCCUUCUGUGCGGUUGUUGCGGGUUUGCGGUGGCUUUGUCGAACGAAAAAAACACCACCAGAGGAGUGGACGAGUUCUUGACGUCCUUGACUCAAAUGAUCGGAACCGUUUUGAACACCGACGCCAGAUAUUCAGGACUGUUCGAGGAUGGAUCUCAAUCGGUCUCUGGUCGGCCCAACCGUCCACCCGCCGCCGAUUACUUCGACACCGGCCGACCACCAUUUCCUGGCCAAGGCGGCAGGCCGUACCCUCCACCAUACCCGGAAAACGGUGGACCGUACCCUCAACCGUACCCGGAAAACGGCGGACCGUACCCCCCACCAUACCCUGGAAACGGAGGACCGUACCCUCCGCCAUUCCGACCCAAUGGGCUCCGUCCAGGUGGUCCAGGCGGCGGCUACCUGCAGCAGAACUCGGUCGUGCAGGCACUGAGUUCCAUAUCGGAACACGACGACCUGAGGUGCGUGCCCAGACUGCUGUGCGAGGUGUCGUCCGGGACCAGGCCCGGUUAUAACCAGCAAUCGGGUUACUACCAGCCACAACAACAACAGCAGUCCUCCAUACCGUUCCUCACCAAGGACGCCCUGAUCACAUUGCUGACCGUGUUGAACUUUGUGGACGACUCACCGCUGCUCAUGUUUGGCCGGGCCGCGUUGUUGGGGUACAACGCCCGGGGCGAUUCCAAGUAUUGCACGACCGCGUAUCCGACCUGCCCCAGAGACCCCGACCAGCUGAUCAACUACCUGAACAACCACAACGGCGGUUUCUUCCGGUUCUUCAACCAACAACUACCGCAGUACGCUCCGCAGUACGUUGCCCACCAACGGCCUCCGUACCCGCAACAUCCUCCAUACCCGGAACAGCCCCCGUAUCCGGGACAACCUCCGUACCCGCAAAGGCCUCCUUACCUGCAAAGGCCCCCGUACCCGGAUCAGCAACAGAACUACGCUCCACAGUACCCGAGGCCGCAACAGCACUUCGGCUACGGGUACAAGUCCCGAGUGGACGACCAACAGAACCCGAGAAUACUCAGCGGGUCGCCGGGUCAGUACUACGACGUGCCUUCGGUCAACGACUUGCAGCUGGAAGGUCCCAGGCCGGCGCCGAUGAGGUUUCCGUCGGCGAUCGAUCACGGCGGCGCCUCGAAUUCUAUCUCGCAGUUCGCGUUCCCGUCCGACCACAACGGCGGCGGCGGGAGUGUUGGAGGUGGAAACCGGCAGGCGAAAAGGGAGAAAAUGAUUUUCCCCGACAGGACCGGCACUGGUGGGCUCAGGGCCGACGUGGACAAGUACGGCAACUACAAAGGCGUGUACUACGCCGACGGUGCGAUCAAGUUUGUCGACGACGCCACCUCGAGCGGCGGCCGACCGUCCACCAUCAGACUUCCUCAGCGGCGACCGGCCGAAGACUUUGACGUGAUCGGCAACAGGUUGCCCUACGAGAGGCGGCACAAGUUUCAGUUUCCCAGGACUACGGAGUGAUGUGCCGGCGAAAGCGGUUCAAUAGGGAUGUGCGCGUGUGGUAUAUCUUGGUAAGGUGCGUUUAAACGAGCAUCCCCUCGCUCCCAACAGCGUUUAACCCCUAUAUUUUUAAUAUUUAUAUAAAAAAAAAACAAUUAUUUAUUUAAGUACAUUAAUACAUUGGUAUUGUACAAUUUUAUAAGGACAUUAAAUUAUUAUCGUACAAUUAAUAUAAUAUAUAACACAAAACUAGAGUAUAAGCACAAUAGUGAAUUUCAGACCCGUUAUAUUAUAAUGUAGGUAAUGUAUGUUUAUAACGGACGUUCUUGUUCGUCAAAUAUGUAGUCAAGCAUUUUCGGAACACUUUAUACAACACAAAAGAUUCGUGAUUGUAAAUAAUAUAAUAAUAUUACCACAAUUCAUUAUACUUAACUAUCUUUGUUUUCGGAAAAAUCACACUUCCUGUACCCCCACACGUUUCGUUUGUUAUAAUAAUUUAUUUAAGUAGCGUCAUUAUAAGUAAGUAUUGAUAUUGUAUAUUACCAAGUACCAACCCUCUCAAUUAUUAUGUUACCAUUCGCUUCGACAAUGCUUGUUGCUAAUUUUUCUUUGUACAUUUUAUUAUCAUUGUUAUUGUUAUUUACAUCAUUUGUACUACGACACUGUUGUUCAUAUAAAAACCUAAACUUAUAUAAAACGAUUGAUGAUACGUAUACAAUAAUAAAUUUACAUUAUA